UUUCCAGAUUUGGACCACCCGACAAUACAAACACGCAUUUCACAUGAUGCAUCAAAUUUCAUAACCAUGACAAAUAUAUUUCUUUCUUGUCUAAUCAAUCAACCACUAAUUCUUUCUCCCACUCUCAUGGCAAAAUCCUCCAUGAUCAAAGUUCUAGAGAAUUGGAAAGUUUCUCCACCACCCAAUUCAGCUCCAUCAACAACACUGCCUCUGACUUUUUUUGACAUACCUUGGCUUUUUUUCUCUCCAAGCCAACCUCUCUUCUUUUACGAAUACCCUCACUCCACCUCUCAUUUUCUCUCCUUUGCUCUCCCUAACCUCAAACUCUCUCUCUCCUUAGCUCUCAAGCAUUUCUUUCCUUUUCUUGGAAAUCUUGUUCUUUCUUCUUGUGAUUCCAAGAAACCCAAGAUUCUUUACAAUGCAGGUGAUUAUGUCUCAUUCACCAUUCAAGAAUCUAGUGGUGAUUUCAGCUACUUUGUUAGUAAUCAUGCAAGAGAUGUUCAUGAAUUUUACCCUCUUGUGCCUGAUUUAGCUAUUACUAGCUCAGAACCAGUAUUAAUUCAUUUAUUUGCAGUGAAAGUUACUAUCUUUUCCCAAAUGGGAUUCUGUCUUGGGCUUGCUUAUCAACACGUGGCAGCUGAUGGGAGGACAUUCAACAAUUUCAUCAAGGCAUGGGCCUCAUUAUGCGCAAAUUCUAGUUUCUUGACCGAUUCCUUUCCUUCUUUUGACAGGUCAGUGAUAAAAGACACAGAUGGGCUUGAGGAGAUUUUCUUGAAAGAAUUAUGGAAGAGAAAAUCUUCUCACGAAGUGAUUAUAGGUACUGCAAAAACCCACGUAGAUUUGUCAAACAUGGUUAGAGAAACUUUUCUUGUGAGUCCUUCAGAUAUGGAAAGGAUCAAGAAAUGGAUAAUUGGCAAAUGCAAGAAAAAGAAUCAGCCAAUACCUAUACAUUUAUCUCCAUAUGUAUUAACUUGUUCUUUUAUAUGGGUUUGUUUAGUUAAAACCCAAACUCAAAUAGUUCAAGGAGAAAAUUACCACUAUUCAAGUGAGGAUCCGAAUUACUUGGGGUUUAUUGUCGGUGGUUUAACCCGAUUGGACUAUCCGGUACCCGCCACUUAUUUUGGCAAUUGUGUAGGGUUUGGUCGGCCAAUGGCAAUUAGGGGUGAAUUAAUGGGAAAAGAUGGGAUUGUUGUUGCUGCAAAUGUGAUUGGAAACAUGAUAAGAAAGUUGGAUAAAGAAUUUCUUUAUGGAGCAGAAAAUUGGAUUUCGGAUUGGGAGGUGUUAUUUGGGUCGGAGGUCCAUUUAUUGAUUUCCGGGUCACCAAAAUUGGAUCUUUAUGAAACAGAUUUUGGAUGGGGAAGGCCAAAGAAAAUAGAGGACAUUUCAAUUGAUAGUAACAGAGCCAUUUCACUGAUUGAGAGUAGAGAUGUAAAGGGUGGAAUUGAAGUUGGAUUAGCUCUCAGUAGGCCUCAAAUGGAAGUUUUUAGUUCACUCUUUGUCGGAAACUUGAAGAUGAUAUUCAGCGAAUUGUAAUAGACGUAACGUAAUGUAACCUAGUUAAUAGUAUUUGAUUUGAUCAUAUAUUAGACUCUUUUUUUUUUUUUUAAUAUUAUGAAAUUAAAAUUAA